CUUCCUUUUCUCUCCCUUCCGCACCCGAAUAAAAUUCGAUUUCGGUUUCAAAAUAUAGGAAAAAUGCGUCUAAUUGACAGGAGCACAAGAGAAGAAGGAAAGGUUCGGAUGUCAUGCGCGACGUGGCGCGCAUAGAUGAGGCGUGUGUGAAUAAAUUGGUGCUCGGUGCCGGUCAAAGUGUCAUUCUCCCGGUCACUAGCCUGACGUAAGGAAGAUGGAAACGCACACGAAGGCGAUCGCAGAACUUCGCGACAAGUUUUUCAAAAAAUUAGACGACGAGGGACCACCCGAUCCUAAAGGUUUUCAUCCUGCGGAUAUAGCCAGGAUUAAGAAUAAUGAUGACUGGUUGAAACGAUUCUUGGAACAUAGUGAAUUCAACGACCAGGAGGCAUUCAAUAUGCUUUGGGAUACUUGUACUUGGAGAAGAAAAUUUGGAGCAAAUGAUAUUACCGAAGAUAAUGUGAAAAGAGAAUAUCUAGAAGAAGGAUCUUGCUUUGGCUAUGGUAAAGAUAAAGAUGGCAAGAAACUUCUUGUGAUUACAUUAAAGAUGCAUGUUAAAGGAACAAAAGACUUUGCAGAGCUUCAGAGAUGUAUAGUUUAUUGGUUUGAAAGAUUAGAAAGAGAAGUAACUCAAGUAUCACUUUUCUUUGAUAUGGCAGAAGCUGGACUUUCCAACAUGGAUAUGGAACUUAUUAAAUACCUUAUUAAUUUAUUCAAGUCUUAUUAUCCAAAUUUUCUGAAUUACAUUAUAAUUUUUGAGAUGCCUUGGAUAUUAAAUGCAGCUUUUAAAUUAAUAAAAACAUGGUUACCUGCUAAAGCUAUUCCAAAAAUCAAACUUGUUAACAAGACAACAUUGAAGGAGUUUGUUGAUCCAAAUGAUGCAUUAAAAUCUUGGGGAGGAAACAGCGAGUAUAUAUUCAAAUUUGUACCAGAGGUACAUACAAAUGGAGAUGGUGUAUUGAAUGGCAAGCUGGAUAAUAAAAAGGUACAUUUUGCGGAAAAUUCACCAAUUACAGAACAAAGCCCAUCUCCAAUUGGAGACCAGACUAAUGAAGAACAAUUAUUAUCCAUAGAACCUGUAGAAGCAAUUACAUUUAAUAAAGAUGGAAAUGACAUUACAGGAACAAUUACUCUUAAAAACAUUACACCUGAUAAAUCUCUGUCUUAUAAGAUCAAGACAACAUCCCCUGAAAAAUUUAGAGUAAGACCAAGUUCUGGAAUCUUGCAACCAUCAGAACAAAGAAGUGUUGUGGUUGUAUUACAGCCUGGCUAUAAUGUACGUGGUUUAUUACAUAAUGAUCGAUUUUUAGUCAUGUGCCUUUCAUUAAAAAAUGCAAAUGCUACACCACAGGAACUAACUGCACUCUGGAAGUCUGAAAAAGCAUCAGAAAUGCAUAGACUACGAUGUUGUGAUGGUAACAGUGAAAACAACGAGAUCCAAAAAUCGUCUCAUUCUGCAUUAACUUCUACAGGAAAUGAUCGAAAUAUUGAUGCAUUUUUAUCUAAGAUGAAUCGUCUAGAAGAAAAUUAUGGCAAAUUACGCGGUGAGAUUGUUACUGUAAGAUAUAUGCUUUUAAUUUAUAUGAUAUUGACAAUCGUAAUUGCAAUAUUGUUGGUUUACGUUCUAAAAAUGGAUAUUAAAAAUUCGAUGGAUCAACAAAACUGCCACAUUCAUGGUAAUUAAAGUCUAAAACACAUAUUUCUAGUAAUAACUUUGAUAUAUCAGAACAAAUGUUAAACAAAUGUUUCUAUUCUAAUUAAAUCUAAUAUAUGAAUAUAUAAAAAUCAAUCUUUACGCUAUACAUAGUUAGUAUUUUUAAGUUUUUAUUUUUCUCUCUUCCAUAAAAAU